AUGAGGAACGGCAGGAGAAACUUUCUGGCUGCUGGUCUAGUAGCCCUAGCCUCCCUUGCCACGGCUCAAGUGGCCAGUGUCUGUCCUGUAACAAACGUCUGCUUCAAGCUCAAUAUCCCUCAGAACACAGCGUCGUCUGGCAAUGGAGAUAUCUUCUUCCAAAUAUCGGCCCCAGACACCUAUAACUGGGUUGCUCUUGGCCAGGGCAAUAGCAUGUCUGGGUCGAACAUCUUUGUGAUGUACACUGACGGCAACGGCAAUGUGACUUUGUCACCACGGUUAGGAACCGGCCACAACAUGCCUCAGCUCAACAGUGACGCGCAAGUGACCUUGCUGGAAGGCUCUGGAGUAUCGAACGGGAAGAUGGUCGCUAAUGUGCGAUGCUCAAGUUGCAAUAGCUGGUCGGGUGGUACUGCAAGCUUCUCGGGCAAUAACGGCAACUGGAUCUAUGCGACGAAACAGAAUGGAGGUGCCAUAGAUUCCACUUCACAGUCUGCGAACAUCGAUCAACAUGAUGACCAUGCAACGUUUUCGUGGAAUUACGCCAACGCCAAGGGUGGGAGCAGUGUCAACCCCCUUGUUAACUCUGGAAGCUCAUCGUCUGGGAGUGCAAGUGGAGGAGCCAGUCCUACGAGCUGUGUCCCCCGUCCAGCUGGAGCUGCAGCCAGCGGAGGCUCGGCCACAGGCACGGCGACCAGCGGAGGAAGCAGCGGAGCAACAUCGACCAAGUCCGAUGAUGAUAAUGAUAGCUGGACUCACCUAACCGCCCGCCCAACCGCCCGACCUACUGGCAACCCAUGGGAAGAUAACGACAAGAGGGAGCUGGCCGAACGUGAAGACAUCAACUACUGCGAUGAGAACGAUCCCUCGAACAGCGGCUUCACCCCCAUUUCAUCAUCGGGAUCCACCAGCAACACGAAAAAGAUGAUAAUCGCGCACGGCACUCUCGCCGCGCUCGCCUUCGUCAUCUUCUUCCCCUUCGGCGCCAUCGCGAUCCGUCUUGCUUCCUUCACCGGCGUAGUCUGGUUCCACGCCGCGUUCCAAGUCUUUGCGUACAUCGUGUACAUCGCAGCCUUUGGCCUCGGCAUCCACAUCGCCAAUGAGUACCAAAUGCUCUCCGAGACCCACCCCAUCAUCGGCAUCGUCGUCUUCGCCGUCCUCUUCUUCCAGCCCAUCCUCGGCUUCCUGCACCACGCCAUGUAUAAGAAAUACCAGACACGCACGGUGUGGUCGCACCUCCACUUGUGGACGGGCCGCGCUGCCGUCACGCUGGGCAUCAUCAAUGGCGGACUAGGUUUGCAGCUUGCGGAUCGGAUGAACAUGAGCUCAAGGUCGGGUAUGAUCGCUUAUGGGGUGGUUGCCGGUGUGGUGUGGCUGGCGUGGGUGGCUGCUAUGGUCAUGGGAGAGAAGAGGAGGACCAGAGCAGUAAAGUAUGCGGGGAGCCCGAGGGAGGUUAGUGAGACGCAGCCUGCAGGCGGACAUUAUGCGCCAAAGGAGAACGGUAGUUGA